CAACAGGAUAGAUAUCAGUCGCCCAUCAUGGCUCCUUCCAACCUCCCACCUAUUUUCAAUGCCACCUCCCAGGACAUGGAGAUGAUGCUCACUGCUCAGUGUCAUCUCGGCUCCAAGAACAUGCAAACCCAUAUGGAGCCUUACCUCUGGAAGACUCGCCCAGAUGGAGUCAACGUUAUCAAUAUCGGCAAGACCUGGGAGAAGAUUGUUCUUGCUGCCCGUAUCAUUGCAGCCAUCGACAACCCAGCUGAUAUCUGUGUCAUCUCUGCCCGUCCAUACGGCCAGCGUGCCGUCCUCAAGUUCGCUGCUCACACCGGUGCCGUUGCAAUUGCCGGCCGUUUCACUCCCGGUAGCUUCACCAACUACAUCACCCGCUCUUUCAAGGAACCCCGCCUCAUCGUUGUUACCGAUCCUCGCACCGACGCCCAGGCUAUCAAGGAGGCCAGCUACGUAAAUAUCCCUGUCAUUGCUCUCUGCGAUGCUGACUCUCCAACUGAGUUCGUCGAUGUUGCUAUCCCAACCAACAACAAGGGUCGUCACGCCAUUGGUCUCGUUUGGUGGAUGCUUGCCCGUGAAGUCCUCCGCCUCCGUGGCACUCUCGCUUCCCGUGAGACUGAGUGGGAUAUUGUUGUUGAUCUGUACUUCUACCGUGACCCCGAGGCUGAGGAGACCAAGGAGAUCGAGGAGGCCAAAGCCGCUGAGGCCGAGGAGGCUGCCCCCGAUACUCUCAACCCUGCUGACAACUGGGAUGCUGCCGGCGCUGUUGCUCCUGCUACCUUUGGCGGUACCCCUGCUGCUGGCAACUGGGAGGCUUCCGGCGCUGACUGGGCUACUGCUGCUCCAGCCGGUGGUGAAAGCUGGGCUGCCGAUGCCCCAGCUGCUACCGAGCCCAAGUGGUAAAUGCGGCUGUUUACUCAUGCAAAACAUAAAAACACACCCGAUUGCUGGCCCUAAUUCUCCUCUAUUUGUCCCUUUGCAUCUAUCAUUCAUGUUAAAGCGACAAAAGAAAGAUUUAACGAGUUCAUCGACGCCAUUCUCCCCACGGUUCUUGCUUUAAAAUGUUAUGGCUUUCAAUUGACGGCGCUUACGAGGGAAAGAUACCCAUCCGGCCCCUGGCCCUUUGGGGGAAAGCCCUGUGCUGUCAAAAAGGGGCGUACUUAAUCGUUGUCCCGCUCAUAUUAGCUAGUU